AUGGUUUCGUCGAGAAUCAAGUCUAUUCGAGCUGGAAAUAGAGCCGCUGUCACGAAAUUCUUCAAGAAACUAGAUGAGCUGAACACAGAUUCGGAGAUGGAUAUAGCCAUUGCAGGUCCAAUUAUUGACGCUAUAGUGAAAAAACAAAGUGUUAUUCUUAAACUGGAUGAACAGAUUUUGGAAAAUACAUCGGAUGAAGAUAUAGAAGUUGAAAUCCUAGAUGCAGAUGAGUAUAAUUUAGAUCUUGAAACAAAUUUACGCCGUUAUAAGAAAUUAGCACAAACAGUUACACGUACAUGUACAGAAUUAUCUCAUGAAAGCAUCCCAAACACACGCCCCGUCAUGAACAUGCAUGAAGUCAAUUCCGAGACCCGUCCUGUAAUGAACACAGAAUUCUUCCCAAGAUAUUCAUCGCAAACUUCUAAUAGUUCACUGUCUAGUCAAAAUCACCGCUUGCCGAAGCUAACCCUACCUACUUUUUCUGGGGAUAUCCUAGAGUGGCAAUACUUUUGGGAAUCGUUUGAAAACACAAUUCACAGCAAUCAUACACUCACUGAUGUCCAGAAAUUCACGUACCUACAGUCACUUCUUGAUGCAGACGCUAUGAAUGUCAUAAAUGGUUUAAACUUGUCCAGCGCAAACUAUCACAAAGCCGUUGAGUUAUUAGUAAAUCGCUUUGGGAAAACACACAAAAUUGUGAACGCUUAUAUGAAAGCUCUUUUAGAUUUGCCAGCACCCUCAUACACAUUAGAAAGUAUUCGUAAUUUUUCGAACAAGUCAGAGGUUUACAUCCGAGGAUUAGAAUCUUUAGGACAAUGCCAAGAUACAUAUGGUUCCCUGUUAAUCCCAGUUAUGCUUGGUAAGCUCCCUGUUACCGUAAAAAGUAAUAUAACAAGAGAAAACGGAAACGACGACUGGACCCUUGGAAAUCUAAGAAAGGCAAUACAACGGGAAAUAUCUAUUCAAGAAGCCAGCGAUGAUGGGAUUGAAUCUUAUGAUAUACCUACCGCAAGUUUCCAUGCCGGAAUUAGUAAGAAAAAUUUGUAA